AUGGACCCAAUAGUAAAUAUAAGAAGGUUGAUGCUUUGGUAUUAUCAUGAAUCAGUCACUUUAGAAGAAUUCAUUACCUUGAUCUUGAAGAAAACUAAUAAAACCGAAAAGAAAAUAACCAAAGGAUACAUAUUGGUUGUUGAUCCCGAAGUCUAUUAUUCUUAUAAAUUAAAACUUUGCGAAACCUUGACUCCUAGAUUAAUUCAUGAAAUAGACAAGUUCCAACUUGUACUAAUUGAACAAUGGCAGGACUUAUAUGAUUGGUUCGCAAAUUUGCUAUCUUCUUCUCAAGGUACAAAAGAUGAGAUUAUUGUAGCAUUAUAUGGAGUAUUCACUCACUUUGUAGAGGUUGGUCAUGAUUACAUUCCAAAUAGAUUCCUUCCUAAUCCUGGUUUAUAUUCAGCUAAGGAAUUAAAUAAAUUUCUUCAUGGUUUAUUUAUUAGUCAACAAAACUGGGGGUUUGAGGUGGUUAUAAAUGAAUCUGUCCCUGGUGUUGUUUCUAAUGAAUACGAAGAAGAUCCUUUGCUUUGGAAAAUAUCGAUACCGAAGAUUAGUAAAAGUUCGAGUCACGUAAGUGGUAAUCAAAGAAGACUUACCAAUUUGGAGAUGGAGGACAAGCAAAGUGAAGGGGAUUACAUUUCAUUGCGAACAAUAUUUAUGAAAUGGGUUGAGAAAGUUAAUCAAGAUGCUUAUACGAAUCAGGUAGUCUGA